UUUCCUUUUUCACCACUAAAUGAAUCAGUUCCGUCACAACUGACGAAACAUAAACAUAUUCCACAAAUAACCAACUUAAAUGGAUAUCAAAUAAUAAAAACAAAGCACGACUACAAAAAUUGUAGAUAUUAAAUAUUGGAUAAGAAUUUGCAAACAGUUCAUUGAAGGCAACAAAAAUGAGCGAAAACACGCAAAUUCCACUGAAAUCAAGACCUGACGUAUUCUACAGAAACAUAUUUAACAAAUACGACAGAAAUCGUGAUGGCUUUAUUACCGUUAACGAGUUGAAUGAUCUGAUUGAAAGUAGGGAAUACGAGCACGACAUCCCACCUCAUGUGGUUAAAAAAAUCCAUGAGAUGCACGACCAUAAUGGAGACGAAAAAUUAGACUUUCAAGAGUUUUACGACAUGAUAAACAAUCCAGGUUUGGACUAUGUCUUUGGCCAUUAUGUAACAAGGUACGUCAACUGGAUAAUACCGAAAGUGCAACACCCAACCAGAACCGUCACCGAUGGGCAGUACGAAGACGAAUACUCAUGCUACCCGCCCGCCGUUGGUAUGAUCUUAUUCUCCCUUAUCGAAAUCAUAUUUUUUUGCGUAGACGAGGCAAUGGAGGCGGAUUCCACCAAGUACGGUACUGGUCCUACUGCAACGCACUUCAUGUAUGAACCCAACAGGAGACGGGAGGUGUGGAGAUACGUCACUUACAUGUUCGUUCACAUUGGGGUCUUCCAUUUGUUAGUGAACUUGUUGGUCCAAAUCCUGCUGGGCAUCCCUCUAGAAAUGGUGCACAAGUGGUGGCGGGUACUCGUCGUGUAUUUUGCCGGAGUCCUAGCCGGUUCGUUGGGCACUUCCAUAGUCGAUCCGACGGUGAAGCUUGCCGGUGCUAGCGGUGGCGUUUACUCGUUGGUCACCGCCCAUGUUGCUUCCAUUAUAAUGAACUGGAAAGAAAUGUCGUUCCCGGCCGUCCAACUCCUAAUUUUCCUCAUAGUUGCGGGGUCGGACAUCUCGACGGCCAUCUACAACCGUUACGUGCUGGAUAUAGAUGAACAUAUAGGUUACGCCGCUCAUUUCGCAGGCGCCUUGGCUGGGCUCCUUGUCGGCAUCAACGUGUUGAGGAAUCUCAGCGUUACACGUACGGAGAGGGUGAUCUGGUGGAUCUCCAUCAUCACCUACAGCGUUUUGAUGGUCACUUGUAUAAUAUGGAACCUGGCGUGGAGGAGUUACUUUCUUAAGGAGGUGUAUUCCCCGUAAAUCGACGGUAUCAGGAGUGGGAUUGAUAUGCACCCUAUGGGGAUUAGGUUAGAUUUUAGUAAAAGACAUCACUACGAGAGAUUAUGCGCUUUAAGAGAAAUCAAAAUAAUAAUUUUAAUAACUUCGUUACAAGAUCUUUCAGACUAUUUUUUUAUAUAUAUAAAUUUACGGAUAGUAUUUUUCAGUAUUUUUAGGUACAUGUAUAUUUUUUGAUAUUUAUAGUUGACUGAUAUGCUUUACAGACACAUCUAGACUUAGUGUUUUGUGACAUUUUUUGCUAAGGCUCUGCUUUGUUUUAGGAAGCGUACUUAAGGUUCGGGGAAAUUUUUUUUAUUAUAUUUUUAUAAAGUAGUUCAUUUGUCCCGCAGUAUUUCUGUAGUAUUUUUCGUACAAGGUGGUGUUUAAGUACGUUUUGGUAAUAAAGGGAGCGAUUCUUUGCACUGUUUUAAGGAAAAAAGAAAGAAAAAGGUUUCACUAUAAAGGGUGGUAAAAUUUUAGGAAAUAUCACAUUUUCACAGAUAUCUCGAAAGCAGUGAAUUAAAUUAACGAAACUCGGACUGGCAUUUUAACCCAUAAUAGGCAAAAAUUCACUGAAAUUGCAUAUAAUUGUAUAAACCAGUGGCAGAGUUAGUGGGAGUUACCAUCGCUGAGAACAUAAGGACUUUGAUGCCAUUCACCGAAUAUUUUGAAAAAGAAACGUCAUUUUAAGACAUACAUUUAUGGCAAUAUUUGUCCAAAGAAAAUGCGCCCCUAUUAUUGUAACGUACUUGAAGAUCACCUUGUAUACAAUAUUAAGUUUUAAUGGUUUAAGAUUUCCUUUGGGGUAAAACUGAAUUUAAAAACUGUGGUGAUGGAGAAAAUAUAUUUAUUAUUAAAUUAGACAGUGGCGACUAGCGAAAAUUAAAGUAAUUGUAUUUUGAUAAUGAAGUUUGGGACCCAUAAUAAAAAAAUUUCGGAAAAGAGAAAAUGUUAAAUGAAAUGUUGAAAUAAGGGUAGCCUCCUCCGAUGUCUCAAAAAGGGUUGCACAUAUUUUUAUUAUAUUAUAUUCGUAAUCAAAAUACAAUGAGGUGUUUUUUGGAUUUAUUAUUUAAAUUUUAGUAUGAUACGUUUUAAUUUUUUAAACUUCAUAAUACUAUAGCUUUCAGGAAAAUUAAAAUUUUGUGAUAAAUGAGAAAACGUCUGUUUGUAUUUGUCAGAAAAAAAUUUUUUCACUUUAUUUAAGUUUUGUUUCACAAAGUUAAAAUUUUGCCUCAUUAUCAAAAUAUGAGCACCUCAAUUUCUGCCAAUUCGUUACAAAAGUACAAAAAAAAGGAAAAUAAAAGAGAAAUUUCAUCACUCGCAAUAAUUAAAGCUGAUAUUUUCAGAUCUGAUUUUUUCUACGUCUAUACUCGA